AUGUACCUGGAAUCGCUGGGCCUGGUUCUAGAUGAGUACGAGUGGAUACUAAUUUGCGGCAAGUGCGGGCACGCAUUGAACGAAAACCCAGCCCAGCACCUGAAGCGCCACUGCGUAAACGUACAAGAUGCAGACAUCUCGCUUGCAAUGGAUCUCAUCAAGGAGGCGACGCCUCGAAAGGAGCCUGUUCUCGACAUGAACGGCUGCCGACCUGCGUACCCAUGCAUCCCAGUACAACGGGGCUACAGAUGUCCUUGCUGUGCCUCUUGCUUUUCAACACUUGAAAGCCUGGAGCGACAUGAACAAUGCCAUAAGGGCGAUCCAGCCAUCACGGAGACGCCACGAAAAGUCUGGAUGCAGCGGCUCAGGAAAGGAGGAUUGGGCUCGAGCUAUGUGGAGGUCCAGUAUUCGAAGCGAUCCAAGAGACGCCGUGUGGACGCGCAAUCCUUCCUAUCUUUGCUCGAGGCUCAGAAAAAAAAGGACUUUGUCGUCAACUCGAUACGACUCCAUCCGGUUUAUCAGAUUCUGGGCCUUGGGGUGCUGCUUGACCGGUUGUCACUGAGCCAAGUCAGAGAGCUGGGUUGCAGCGAGGUCAACCCGACCCUACUCUCAGUCAUGCACGGUCUUUUGGACAAGACGUACGAAAACAUGUUGUGCUACACGACGGCUCGUGAGGUCCUUGGGAAACUGUACACCAAGUCGGGAGACGUGUUUACGGCCCGAUAUUAUCAAAAAGUCAUGCAGCACACCUACGAUCGCUACAUGAUUGUGGCUACGCGCUACGUGCAGUACCUCCUACAAGUACGGCGCCAGGGCGACGAGGUUCCGGGUCGAAUCAGUGACGAGCUGGCAAAAGCUUUGGACGACGUGGAAGUGGCCCAAGGUCAAAACAACCAUGUCAUGACGCUGUCCGAGGCGCUGACCAAUGUAUGGUGUGCCGUACUUGAUGAAAGCACGGACAUGAACAGCUUGGACCUGGAGUACUGUCCCACCGUCUAUAUCCUUUGUACGGCGCUGCAAGCCAACGACACCUUCAAGCAGCCAAACAACUGGACGCCAACGCUGGCAGCUCUGUUGUGGAUCUGCCGCUUGUUCCUGCUCGUCCGUCGCCAGCUUGAUCCAAGCAGCCCUGGCGCGCUGACGGAAGAUGCUGCCGUCAAGACGCGGCUGACGGAGGGCCACAUUGGCUACUAUCUUGGUAGUAGAUUGACAUAUGUUCGUAAAUGUACCUCGGAGGAAGGCAAACCAGGUGUUGACGUGGUGUUUGAGACGCGGCCAGCCCCUGGACAGGAGUUUCGGACUCUGACAGCAAAUGGCAUUCGUAUGAACGUGGAUGACCUUGGGACCGGUUUGCGAGCUAUGCGAGCCAGAAUGGACGAAAUUCUCACCAAGGAGCUACUUUUUAAUUCGGGCCUCGAGAAGCGAGUUUAUGCUGUCCUGCCCUUGUUGCUGGACUCGAAUCAGCCCGGGCCCCCUCAGUCCUGGGUCAGCCGGGAUUUGAAGGACAUCGACGGUCAUGACUUUUAUACAAUGUUGCUGGAGCACAUCUUGGAAACUCCAGAGCUAGUCGAGGAGUUUACCAUGCCUGAUGCACCCGGCAAGUUUAGCAUAGAACCAGUGUGGCGCUGGAUCUGCUCCCUGCGAGAGUUUAAUCGCCUGGCAUUGACGUAUGCACACCUCUCAACUGCCCCAGAAAUGUCUUCUUCUCCGGAGACCGCUUGGCGUUUGUCGCGCGACGAGGCAAAACCAACCACAUGGAUCAGCAACCGCGAGUCGCAUGCUGCACACUACAUGGACAAGCGGGCCAGUGCGGUCAUGAUGGCGUACCUGCUAUUGUGCAAGCCGCUGGAGGAGCUGUUUGCUAAUUACUUGCAAGAUCGAGACGAAUUGAUCACGUCUGAGGCAAUAGAUCCCAAUUCCCUGACGGAAGAAGAGCAAGAUGAGCUCGAGGCCGACGCGAUGGAGGUCGAAGAUUCAAUCGAGCCAGACACUGUUGGCUCUGUUGACGACCAGCACGACGAUCUACGAGCGGCCAAGCGUGUCGCACAGGAGGGCACGUAUGAGCUGCUGUUCAACAUUGCGCCAAUGCAGCUCGAAAAACAGCUUCGGCCAGGCCAAGUCUACCGAACCAUCCAGGCCGUGACCAAGCGGUUUCUUGGAACCAGCAUCACUGUCAGCGCAUGGCGGCACAUGAGUGUGGCUUGGCUGCGUACACUGGUGUUGCAUCAUACGCCCGAGCCUUCAUUGGGGGCGUUGAAUGUGGCACACUCUCAAAGCCAGCAUGCAGGCAGAACGGCACGCAACGUCUAUGGCCGCACGCAGCUCGGUCACAAGUUUGUGUCCAGUGAAGCACAGUAUGGCCACCAGUUUGUGUCUGAAGAAUGGCACAAGCUCAUGAAGCUGGUAGAUGUAGAGAAUCAGAUCCAAGCUGAGGCCGUAGAUGGACAGACCUGCGUGCAACAAGUGGUUCAUAAACAGGUGGUCGUCCAGUCGUCUCGGGUCAGGAACGCCAGCACACAGGUGCAAGCGACCGUGGGCACGCAAACAGAUCUCGAGGUUGAAGCCUGCCUUGAUGCUGAGGACGACAUUGACGAUAUAAUUGCCGGGUUGGAUCUAGACGAAGCCGAGGCAGCCGGAUCGUCCAUGCCAGUUGCCGUGCCGCGAGCCGUGGAAGAGGCUGCGUCGACGGCCUUGCAGCAAGAGCCAAGCCAGCACAAUGACCAAACGCAGCAGGAAGAGUAUGAGGAUCAGCUUUGGCUUGCUCAAUGUGUGCGGCAAGCGUGGAAGACAACAUUUCGCGACUGGGAUCAGUAUCGAUUGGCACAGGCUGUGACUCGGCACGAAGCCCAGGAUGGCUGGCUGCUGGCCGUGGCCCCGACGGGCAUGGGCAAGACGCUGUGUACACUCGCUCACCUCCAGCCACGCAAGGUCGUGGUGUGGGUAGUCCCGCUUCGUGAGCUUGCCAGAGACUUGUGCCGCCGCUUCGAGCAGGCAGACAUUGUAUCGCAGUCGGCUAAGAAUGAUGGCCGCGACAUGCAAGUCAACGUUCAAGUGAUUGUCAUGACGGUCGACUUUUUGGUUGGCUAUGGGAUGAG